UAAACAGAUAAAUAGAAAUGGUGGCGUUCCAUCCUUCUUCAAUUGAAAAUCUCUUAAAUACCCUUUAAACUCCAUCAGAACUACACUUUCAUCCCCCUCCUUCCGCCCUCCCUUUUCCCUCAAGCUUCUUCCCCUCGACAAUCUCUCCUUUAUCGCUCCCAAGUCCCACUCUACCCUACCCCUCAGUUUGCUCUCGAAAAGGGGAAAGCAAUUUCUUGAGAGUUUUUAACCCUAAAAACCCCCCAAAAGAAAAAAAAUCAAACCCUAGUAAAUUCCCCCAAAACCCAGAAUUCCAUUCAAGAUAAACCCCUACACGACCAAACCACCCUAAAACAACAAAGAAAAAAAAACCUCCGAUUUUAUCCUAUCAUCACCUCGAAAAUUGCGUACAUUGUUACUGUAGCUUUUCCAAAGCUUCAAGCUUUGAACAUUUUUUCUUCUUCCCAUUUGUUCACAAUUCCACUCUCACUGCGAAGUUGUAUAAGACACCCACCAUUCCCUCCCAAUUCCUCCCGUUUCCACCUUUGUUCAAUGUAUUCCACCCCUUUCAUUCUCUCCUUUUCCCUCCUCCUUUCCCUCCCUAUCCUCUUCUUCUUCUUAGCCCCUACUUUCCAUCCCCACCCUCUUCCCCCCAUCUCCGUCCCCGACGAACUCGACGACCUCCGUCUCUUCCACCGCGCCACCACCCCUUCCUUAUCUUCAUCCCAUCUCUCCUCCUCUUCCUCCCCCAAAAUUGCUUUCCUUUUCUUAACCAACUCCGACCUCCAUUUCCUUCCUCUUUGGAACCGUUUCUUUCGAACCGCUAAAACUUCACGCUACAACAUCUAUGUCCACGCUGAUCCCACCGUCAACAUUACUCGCCCCACCAAAUCCGUUUUCGAUGACCGUUUCAUUCCCAACGCCAAACGCACUUUCAGGGCUUCCGCCACGCUGAUCUCCGCCACCCGACGCCUCCUCGCCACUGCCAUCCUCGACGAUCCCGCCAAUGCUUACUUCGCCGUCCUCUCCCAGUACUGCAUCCCUCUCCAUUCCUUCAAUUACAUCUACCGCUCCCUCAUCACUGCCAAAACCUUCGAUCUCACCUCCAACUCCUCUGAUUUGACUCAGUACGGUGUUCGAGUCAAGUACAAAUCUUUCAUCGAGAUUAUUUCCAAGGAACCCAGGCUGUGGAAACGGUAUGUAGCACGUGGCCGAUUUGUGAUGAUGCCGGAGGUGCCAUUCGAGGAUUUCCGAGUUGGAUCUCAGUUUUUUGUGUUGACUCGGAAACACGCGUUACUGGUAGUCAAAGAUCGGACUCUUUGGAGGAAAUUCAAGUUACCGUGUUAUCGUGCCAGCGAGUGUUACCCGGAAGAACAUUAUUUUCCGACAUUGUUGUCAAUGCAAGACCCAGAUGCGGUGACUCGCUAUACUUUAACUCGGGUUAAUUGGACCGGAACGGUUGCGGGUCACCCCUACAUGUAUAAGCCGAAAGAAGUGUCGGCCAAGUUGAUUUAUGAGUUGAGGAAGUCAAAUUACUCGAGUUCAUACUUGUUUGCUAGGAAAUUCUCACCAGAUUGUUUGAAACCCUUGAUGGGUAUUGCUGAUUCGGUCAUUCUUCGAGAUUGAGCUUUUUCCUGGUGAAAAGGGAGAUUGUUGAGGACCUAGCUUGGAGCAGAAUUUGCUGGGGAAUAUGAGAAUUACGGUUUUAAGGAGAGGUUAAUCUACCCACAACCAACCAAACCCCUAAUACUCCAACUUUAGAGAGCAAAAUUUUAAUACCCCCAUUAAGAGAAGGGGGGGAGUCUUAUGCGUUUGCCAAAGCUGUAAUGGUAUAACAGUAGCCUUUAGCAGUUAAAAGUUUUUUGUCAUUUCGUUGUGUGAUUUGUACAUAUGAAUGUGUGAAAUACAAUCAAAUUCUACCUCUUUGCAAGAA